GCCCUCUAGGGUGCACUUUGUAUGGAAAAAACGUGGUAAAGUGCCCUCUAGGUUGCCCUUCCAGUGGAGAAGCAUGCAGAAGUGCCCUCUGGGGCUCGCCUCCAGGGAACAAAACAUGAUAAAGUGCCCUUAAGGCUGCACAUCCAGAGAACAGAACAUGUUAAAGUGCCCUAUGGGGUACGCUUCCUGUGGAGAAAUCGUGAUAAGGUGCACUCUGGGGUAUAGAUGUAUCACACCUUUUUGCAUGCUGGUGCCCAACCACGUACAGCUGGUGCCGUUUUUAUUUUUUGGCCUCUGCACCCCAAACAUCUUGAGCCCGCCCAAGGAACUCAACAAAGAAUGAAAGUUCGUCAUGUCACUGAAUCUUUCUUUGGUUCCAGACUGUGGCGACAGCUGUAUUGAAGUCCAUUGGAUGAUGCAUGAUGAAACACAGUAAAACUCGCCAUAUGUGAUGGAGUUCCCUCAGCAUUCCCAGCAGCUGCUGUCAGCUCUGUGCUCCCAGCGCCAGCGGGGCUUCCUCUGUGACUGCACUGUCCUGGUCGGCUCAUCCCGCUUCCUGGCUCACAGGGCUGUUUUGGCCUCCUGCUCGCCUUUUUUCCACAUGUUCUACUCAGACUCUCCAGGGAUUAGUGGUGGAAAUGGCACCAGCAGCUCCGUCACACUCGACAGCGACAUUGUCACGGCUGCUGCAUUUGGUUUGCUCUUGGACUUUGUUUAUGAAGGGGUGUUACGCCUGGAAGAGGCUCCACCAGUGGAGGACAUAUUGGCUGCUGCAAGCUUUCUGCACAUGAACGAGGUGGUGAGAGUGUGCAAAAGACGACUGCAGAGACGAGGGCCUCUGGCUGAGGCAGACAGCACUCGCUCUGAAGAGAGUGCUGGGGCGAGGAGGGCAAUAGAGACAGGAAGGGAGGGUGGGGGUGAUGGUGGAGCUGAGCCUGAGGCUGCCAUGGCAGGAGAUCACUCGAAUCUUGUCGCCAUGGCAGCACCACUUUCAUCAGUGUCAGUUUCAGCAGAGAGGAGACAGUUGGAGUGUGAGCGGAGGACUGGCAGGGGGUUAUCAGAGGCACGAGUUCAGACUCCUUUGAGCCCUGACCUCGCUGACACCACGCAGCCAGGCAUGGGCGCCCCUCCUCUGCCCCCAGGUGGAGAGCUGGUGCAGGGACUCAUCGUGGGCCCGUCUGCCCUUACAUCAGGAGGUUACACCAGGUUGAGGGCUGGAGGUCAUGGAGAGGGGUCGGUACUCUGCAGCCCUUGCAGCACCACUGAGACAUACAGCCACAGCAGUAACCAGCAGCCCUCAUCUUCUUCCUCCCUGGUACCAGUAAGCCAGGCUACUGGUCCAUCAGUGGUCUCUCUGUCCCAGUCAGAGUCCAGUCUUUCCCCAAGACCCCUUCGUGACUCUGUACGGAAACCCUCAGAGACUGACCACAGCGGUACAUCAAGUGGAGGACAACAGAUGGUCAUGUUAAUCCAAUCAUCAUCACUAAUGUCAAACUUAGAAACAAACCCAACACACUCGCCCCCACAGCGUGCAACUCCACAGAUUCAAAUCCAGAGCGCUGUGUCACUCCAACGCCAAAGCUUGAACUUCCACAUUGCUGAAACCCAAACCAUUAAGAGACCUGAGAGGGAUAUGAGAGCCAUGAGCCGAAUGAGGACAGAUGACAAUGAUGCAGAGAAUGUGAAAGUCAAAGUGGAGGCCAUUGUUAUAUCGGAUGAGGAGUUAGAGGAGGAGAGAGAGGAAAGCAGGGAGGGGGAACCAGUAAUGGAAGUAGACGAUGAGUUUGAGGAUGACAUCCAAGAAGAGGAGCUGAACAACCCUCAGUUCCUCUCCUCCCACCAACAGGAUCUCCUACAAAUGUCAUUCAAGAGCCAUCCAAAUGACUACUCCUUCCCACUCUCUCCCUCCUCCUCCUCCUCCGGUGCCGGGCCUUCUUCCCAUGACACUACCUCCUUCACUGCCUCUCUCAUUCCUUCAUCCGCAUCGUCAGCUCAGCAUCAUUCAGACCAUCCUGCCUACUUCCAGGACUUUCAGGACUCUAUGGGUAACAUUGUGGAGGAUGUUCCCACAUGUGGCGUCUGUGGAAAGACUUUCUCAUGUACAUACACAUUAAGGCGCCAUGCCAUUGUACACACACGUGAACGUCCGUACGAAUGUCGUUACUGCUAUCGGAGCUACACACAAUCAGGCGACCUGUACCGACAUAUUCGCAAAGCUCAUGACCACACGCUGCCGGCCAAACGCAGCAAGCCAGACAUGGAGCCAUCCCUCCCGACACAACCACCACCACCACAACAACAACAACAACAACAACAACAACAACCCCCACCACCACCCCCACCCCCACCUUCUCUGAGCUAACAUUCAAACAGACAAACUGUUGUAUUUCUAUACUUACACACAACUUGAUAUGAGAACUCUGCCUUUAAACCUGAAUCAUGUAGGGCUGCAAUUAAUCAAUUAGUUUUUUGGUCUAUAAAAUAUCUAUUACAAUUUCCCAAAGCCUGAGGCGAUAUCUUCACGUCGGACCAACAGUUAAAAACUGAAAAAUAGCAUCAAACACAACUAACCUUAGGCUGUUGCAUCCUUUUGCAUUCUCACUUAUAUUGAUACUUUAUACUAGAAGAGGCAAAUACUGGAUUUUAAAAAAUUGUUUGGCAUAUAAAUGUAAUCAGAUUCAAGAUUCAAGAUGUUUAAUUGUCAUAUACACACAGUUUGCACCAGGCAAUGAAAUUCUUAAUUUGCAAAUUAUCAACGUUUUGUAUAAAGCCCUCUCAACAAGUAACUUUGACUCUGUUGAAAGUGGUACAGUAUCGACUAGAUGACACCUCUAAAUUCAAACAUUCCGGCUCAGUUUUUGCAAACAAUGUCUUAAUAUUUUUAGAUUUGUAAACACCCUGAUUACACCCUAUACUAAGGACAUUUAUGCCUGUAAGUAGAGAAAUACAAUAACUCAUACAGGCACACAUUCAAAAACCAGCGGUGUGGCAGUGAUAUCGGCACUCAUUCAUCACACCUUCUAUAUCCACGUCUGACCAUUGUCUCACUAGCACUCAUUGAUUUUUGUCUGUGAUUAUAUUUGAAAUUAAUUUUUAUGACAUUGCGCUUCUCUUUUCCAGUUUUGAUUUUUUAAUCCUUCUCAUUUUUUAUGCAAUUUGUUUUGAAAAUGUUUAUUGUUGUCAGUAGAGUAACAAGAUGUACAAGAAAUUCUCAAAGACUUGUGUGACAUCCUUCAGCUGGUGUUUGCUAGUCAAAACAGUAAUAAGGGAAAGCUGUUGUAUUUUUUUAUCAGUUACAUGAAAUGUAAUGUGUACGACUGCCUUUUUAGUGUGUAGUUUUUAGCCAGCAAAGUUUGUCAUAGGAUUGUACUGUCUGUGUUUUAUUUGGUGAAACCAUCUGCUGACUUUUAAGGAAAUACCUGCACACAUUUUUAAAUUAGUCAGAUAGUGCAUCAGUUUUGAUCAGGCCACUUAAUAAACAGCAGAUGUACACACAUCUAUCCAGUGAAGUAGGAAAUCAACAGUGCCAAAUGGCCUUUCUUUUUGCCUUGUUUGUUCAUCUUCUUUGUCCUUCCUUUUGAGUUCUUUUAAGCAAGAAAUCUGGAUGAUUGCUUAAUGAGCAAGCUGACUCAUAAGUAAUAUCAGAGUGGCAGCUACACAAAACAAUGAAAUUCUUUAAAUGCUGAGGAAAGGUGCUUUAUUUCUCCUCUGCAUUAGAAAAACAUUAUCUGACGUUAACAAGUUUGCAGCCCCACAGUUUUCUGCUCCAUAAGUUUUUCCCUGACGAACCAUUUCAUGCAUUUCCAGUGGCUGUACAGUAGCCUUCUGUAAAUUCGAUCAGAUUUACUUUGCACUGUGGCUGUCUUGUCUGAACUUGUGAAUUUGCGACUCAUUUCAUGCACCUUGCUUGGCAUUCUCUGUCAGGGCUAAUUAAAAAAUUUAGGAAUAUAAAACUGGUGUAUUGUUCAAUUUCCUGCCUAUAUUCCCUGGUAGGAUAGCAGUGGAGGAGUGAAUAUACGUUUUGGGAUUCACCCUUAAUGGGUGGCUUUUCUUACUGACCAUGUGAGUUUUCCCUCUGUAGCGUUUCUUCUGUAGUAUGACAGAAUAUACAGUUUGAGCACAUUUUGACACCUGCAGUAAUUCUGCCUUGUCUUUAAAUGUUGAUGUGCCUGAAUGACUUUUUUGACACUUGGAAUUUGUUGUGCUGCACCAAGUUUUACA